GCGCUGUCUCAGUCUAUCAUUCAUUAAAGCUCAUCCAAACCACUCCUUAUCCAUUUGGCUAUACGCCUGUCCACUCUUUGAGUAUACUUAACAUUCGCUUCUAAACAAGACCGAAAACAAUCCAAAAUGGCCCGUCUCAGCCUCUCCAUGUUGGCCCUGUGCCUCUUCCUGGCCGUCUUCGCCACUGCCCUCCCUACUGCCCAGAACAACCGUCCUGAUCCCAACGCCUGGGCCUUCCACAUGGCCGAAGAAAUGGCCGACUCCGCGGCGCCCACGCCCUCGAACGCUCGCGUGCAUGCUCCUGCUUCUUCCUCGGCCACCCCUAGCAAGGCGUCGGCAUCGGCGUCGGCCACUCCCUCUUCCUCUGCUACCCCUGCUCCCCCGCAGGAGACUAUUAGUGGUGGAAAGAGCAAGAGCGCUUUUGAUUCCAUUCCGCUCCUUGGUCCUCUGCUUGGGUCUCUCUUGGGUUCUUAAAUGGGUGAGCUGAACGCCGUGUGAUGUGAGUGGAGGGGAUGGUCCUUGGGUAUGUGUUGUGGGUGAGGGUUCAUGGAUGGAUAGAUAGUUGAAGCUGGGAAUGCAUUGCAAUAUAAGUAAUUAAUAUUAGUGGGAUUUCCUGCAGUAGCUGCAUACAGUAUAGUUGAAGCCGAACGCUCAAAUCAAGGCUACCUGUAUAAAUU